AUUCCACCUCUGAUUUUCGUCAAAAUAUCUUCCUCGUUCUCAUUUCUCCCAUUUUGUAACCAAUAAAAUAAAACAAAAAAGAAAACCCUAGAACGGGAGAGAUUUCAUACCCAAAAAAUCUCUUCCUUCUAUCUUCCCCCAUUCUCUCUCAACACUUUCCUAUCUUUCCCUCAUUCAAUUCAAAUUUCCAAUUUCCAAUUUCCAAUUUCUACUUUUCAAUUUCCAAUAUUCAAGAUCCGGUGAAUUUUUCAUUAUUUUAUGGUAAGAAGAUUGUGAUGCAGCUAGGUUUACCGCAAAGCGAUUCGAUUCAGAUUCGCGAAGUGUGGAACGAUAAUCUUGAAGCAGAGUUCGCUUUAAUUCGGGAAAUCGUCGAUGCUUAUCCUUACAUAGCCAUGGACACGGAGUUCCCUGGAAUUGUUCUUCGUCCUGUUGGUAGUUUCAAAAACAGUUACGAUUUCCAUUAUCAAACCCUAAAAGACAACGUGGACAUGCUCAAGCUCAUUCAAUUGGGUCUCACUUUCUCCGAUGAGCAUGGGAACCUUCCUACUUUCCGCGACGAUGACGAUGAUAGGUUCUGUAUCUGGCAAUUCAAUUUCAGAGAAUUCAAUGUGAAUGAGGAUAUUUUUGCAAAUGAUUCCAUAGAGCUUUUGAGACAGUGUGGGAUUGAUUUCGAGAAGAAUAAUGAGAACGGUAUUGAUGCUCGGAGAUUCGGUGAGCUUUUGAUGUCUUCUGGAAUUGUUUUGAAUGAUAGUGUUCAUUGGGUAACUUUUCACAGUGGGUAUGAUUUUGGUUAUUUGUUGAAGUUAUUGACUUGUCAGAAUUUGCCUGAUACACAAGUUGGGUUCUUUAAUUUGAUCAACAUGUAUUUCCCUACUGUGUAUGAUAUCAAACAUUUAAUGAAGUUUUGCAAUAGUCUUCAUGGAGGGUUGAACAAGCUUGCGGAGUUGUUGGAGGUCGAGAGGGUUGGGAUUUGUCAUCAAGCAGGCUCCGACAGUUUGCUCACAUCGUGUACAUUCAUGAAAUUGAAAGAGAAUUUCUUUAGUGGAUCUUUGGAGAGAUACGCAGGGGUCUUAUAUGGGUUAGGUCUUGAGAAUGGACAGAGUACUCAUUAAGUUAAAGAAAAAAAGAAAAAAAAAGAAAUUAGAAAAAUAAAAUCGCAAAAAAAGUCGGUAGAUCUGUGUAUUUGAGCCGCUGUAUAUCGGGUGAAAUACCCACUUCUAUGUAAAAUCUGACAUUUAAGUGUCUUUACUCAUGAAAACCCUUCUUUGUUACUUA